AUGUUGCGACUUCUAUACCGACGUGACUUUUCCGACAACAUCACCAUCCAAACUCUAGUGCUCUCAAUUUCAAUAUUCUUCGCGUUUCUUAUCACCGUAUCGCUAUUUACUGUCGUUGUACGUGGUCAUAUGAAAAAUCGACUGAAAGCGAUGAAAAUGCCGAAAAAUAAAGACGGAAGUGUAUUGCAAUGGCAGCAGUUAAAACUUCGUCCAUUACGUUUGGUGACCAAGAAUCAGGUAAAAGAUGACAUUCAAAUUGAUUUUGAACGUGAAUUACAUCAACAAAAACCCACCAUAAACGCAAAAAAGUCUGGAACUUCUAACCAGAAGAAUAGUAAUGGUGAUAUCAAUAAUAACAUUAGAGUAAUAAUAGACGUGAAAACAACAACAGAAUUCGCGAAUAAUUUUGUAACAAAUAAUAGCGACCUAAAUAGUGAUCAUGAAAUUGUUCAUAAAGAAAAAGAUGGUCCCCUUGAAGACAAAGACGAAAAAGAUCAAAGUUUUGAGGAACAAGAAGAAACUUUAAUUAUUGGACAAGAAACACUCGAUGUAUUUCAGCCUUCGAGUAUCGAAAGAUGCUUACUAUUCGGAUUCAACAAUGAAAGACGCGAAUCUGCCAUUAUUAUAACCUGA